UGGGGGGUGUAAAAGAGGUGGAUGAGAUACUCUAUUAGAGCGUGACAGAUGCAGUCAGAGAAAGAGAGAGUGUGAGUGUAAUCCUUGGCAUACAAAACAGAGGUUGAAGGGACAAAAAAAAAAUGGUCACAUUUCUCAGACACCUGAAAACGUGCUGGUGUAGUGUGGGCGCGGUGUAUUGCCUAUUAAUGAGUGGGUGUGCCUAAACUACUUUCACACUUUUGACUUUGGAGAUGUUCAUGGUGACUGACUGGCACUAAAGCCGAAUGCUUGGGAUUUCUUUUCAAAUAAUGCUUGUUACGUUACAGUGAUAGUUUACUGUACACCACACGACCUACGAACACCAAGCGAAGCAGGCUAGAGGCAGCAAGGCACUGAAUUACACACCUUGGAGACGAUUUGCAAACAUUUCGUCAAACGAUACCUGUUUAGGUUUUGCUGAUCUUUAAAUCAGUUUCGAUUUUUUCCACACUUGACGGGUUUGAUUGACCCCCAAUGACCUGCGUACAGUCUCAUUGCUCUUAUUGGGAUACCCGCUCUAUGCUUUCUUGGCGGUUCAUGACUAUUUCACCUAUAUCAACGAAACUCCUCAUUGACGCAAAGAGAAAAACCAACAUUGAAUAAUUCCAAUACCGUUUAGAAUCAACCAAAUAUCGGAACAAACAUGGACAACAGCCCUGGUGGUGUGAUACUGUAUGCUGGAUCAUCUGGUAGUGCCAGCCCCAGCCCUGGCAGCCCCUCCAGCGGGUACCAGACCCAGUCUCCCCGGUCCUCCCACUCCCAACCCUCAUCUCCUGAGCCUGUCUCGUUCCCCGAGAUCGGCCCUCUGAAGAGAGAAAGAGGGGAGAACAGGGGUGGGCCCUCGCCCAAACUAGUCUUCCAGUUCCCUGAAGCCAAUGCCACUACAGCCGCUACAUCCUCUGGAAAUACCUACGCCCACCCUAUGGUGGCCAAGAGGCCCUGCAGCUUCACUGGCACUUUCACCAAGACAGGAGGCAUGGUGCUCCUGUGUAAGGUGUGUGGGGACAUCGCGUCUGGCUUCCAUUACGGCGUUCACGCCUGUGAAGGCUGCAAGGGUUUCUUCCGCCGCAGCAUCCAGCAGAACAUCCACUACAAGAUGUGUGUGAAGAAUGAGAGCUGCCUGAUCAUGCGCAUGAACCGAAACCGGUGCCAGCACUGCCGUUUCAAGAAGUGUCUCUACGUGGGCAUGUCCAGAGAUGCUGUGCGUUUUGGGCGUAUCCCAAAGCGUGAGAAGCAGAGACUAUUGGACGAGAUGCAGAGCUACAUGAAUAGCCUCAACGAAUCAGCAUCCAUGGAGAUUGAUUCCUCCCCUUCUUCCUCUGAGGCCCCGGCCAGCCCAGAACCUGGCGAGUCCAUUUCCACUGCCUACCGCAACAUCUUUGCCCAAGAGGAUGUGAAGCCAGUAAUCAAGAUGGUCGUCAACAACAACAACAUCCGCAACAAUCCAGCACACGAUUCUGACUACGCUCACCCCGCACCCCAAACCCACUCCCAUUCCAACCCCUCUCAGGGGUACCAGUCUCAUCCCACACAAAGCUACCAGACCCCCCCUCGCUACCCACGCAACAACAAUGUUGACAACGCUCAGUAUACAUACCAACCAUCAUCCAAUCAGAGUCAAUGCCCAAUGUCCAAUGGCAGCCAGUCCGCUCAGACCUUCCAAGCCAGUCACAACAACUUUUCAGCCGGCGAGUCUCUAAACCAGACCACAUGCCCAUGGAAGUUAAGUGGAGGCGCCAAAGUUCUGGCAUGUCCCCUGAACGCAUGUCCCGUGGCCCCCCGUGACCGAUCCAGCCAGCAGAUCUGGGACGCCUUUUCCCAGUGCUUCACCCCGGCCGUCAAGGAGGUGGUGGAGUUUGCCAAGAGCAUCCCCGGGUUCCAGAGUCUCAGCCAGCAUGACCAGGUCAUGCUGCUUAAGGCCGGCACCUUCCAGGUGCUGAUGGUCAGGUUCUGCUCACUGUUCGACCCCAAGGAGAAGACGGUGACCUUCCUGAACGGCCAGACAUACCCCCUGACAUCCCUGCGGGCGCUGGGUAUGGGCUCUCUGCUGGAUGCCAUGUUUGAGUUCAGUGAGAAGCUGGGAGCUCUGGGCCUGGAGCCCGACGAGAUGGCCCUCUUCAUGGCUGUGGUGCUAGUGUCUGCCGACUGUUCAGGUGUGGCUGAUGUAGUUGCAGUGGAGCAGCUUCAGGAGAGUCUGAUCAAAGCCCUGCGCUCGCUCAUCACCCGCCGUUGCCCCGACGACAGCGCCCUCUUCCCCAAGCUGCUGCUGCGCCUGCCCGACCUGCGCACCCUCAACAACAUGCACUCCGACAAGCUGCUGGCCUUUAGCAUCGACCCCUAAGGGCCUGAUGGAACCACAGCCCGCAGGGGCACCCACUGACUACCGGACCGCCGAAAGGGGCAGUCCUCUUGGUGAACACCCUCAUGACUCCUUCACUCCAGCCAUAAGCCACCAGCCGGUCAUCCUCAGGCUCUCUUCAAUGGGCUGUGUGCGCUGGAACUAGGACUGGGGCAGAAGCAGGGUUGGACAGGGUGAAUGAGUGGACUGAGAGGCAUCUCAGAGAAAUAUGGAGGAUAAUAGGAGGGAGUCUCUUGAACUAUGACCUCAUGAACAAUACUCACAGCUGGUAGAAUCUCUCAUAGACUUUUAGUCUGCCUAACAAGUUGGUGUGCUGGGAGUUAGACAGCAAAUCCUCAUCUUAGUCCAACUUAACUCCCAUAGUUGAAGGACGAGAGUCUACAAAUCCUCCAUUACCCAUAUUUCCCAGUGAUAGUGACAGUGACUGAAGACCAAAAGACAGUUCCAUUCCUCCUCUCUCAUUUCGCGCAUCACUAUGUCCUCCUGUCCUGCCACAGACAGACAGAAAACCAGCAAGAAGGAAGCACACCCUUUUCACAAGAGAAAGGGCCAUUUUCUUUCUACACAUUCAAACACAGCACUUUCCAUACAUCAACAAGCCCAUAUGACAGAGCAAUAGCAAUGUAUAACACACUAUUAGAUCCCUAACUGACUGUGUAUGCACUGUUAAAACAGCCUAAGAUAUUUUCAAAAUCACGUCAUAAAUCUUUUUGGAAAUCCAAUAUUUGGGAUUUGAUGAGAAAAUGUAUUAUUUACAUUUGUAAGAAUUGAGAGUAUGAAGCAUUAUAUUUGAAUACUGUAAUCAGGGAGACAUUUGGUCAUUUUAGACCUAAUUUGUCGGGUUAUAUGUAUUAAGGUAUUCUAUUGUUGAACAUAUUGUACAUAAUAUUUGUGACUGGUUCCUACUUCAUUUGAGUUGAUUGCUGUAUGAUGUUAGCACUAUUGAAGACACAAAGCGGGGGUGCUAUGUUUGAGAGGUGCACGAUUGUGUGUGUGUGUGGGGGGGGGGGGGGGGGGGGGGGUGCAAGGUAUGCAUCUACUGUAUGGGGCCAGUGGUCUUCCUGUCAUGAACUGAUCCUUACAACCCCCAACACUCAUCCUUACCGAUGGAACCAGCGCACAAACCGUGUAAAAAAGUGUUUGAUUUGAACCUACAUUAUUGAAAUAUAACUAUUGUUGAUUGAUUGAUGCAUUACCUUGUGUAUAUUUUGUAAAUGUUUCAUGGUUAAACUUCUUCCAUAGAGAACCAAUAUUAAAUGAGAUGAUAUACUGUA